AUGUCAUGGACAAAUGAUAUACGUGUCGUGGUUGGUUUAGAUUUUGGAACCACUUAUUCGGGAUUUACAUAUUGUCAUGUUUCUAAUAAAAAUUUGCGUACUCAUGACAUUUGGCCUGGAGACAUGUCUGAAUUAAAAGCUAAUACAGUGCUACUCUAUGACGAUGAACUGAAAAAAGUUGAACAAUGGGGAAAACCCGCAUUAUCCAAACGUCCAAAUCGAAGGAGAGCCGAAAAUAAGCCAGUAAAAUUAUUUAAGUUGCAUUUAGGUAAUUUACAAGAACAUCUUAAACCCAAACUUUCAGUAGAUUAUAAAAAAGCAAUUACUGAUUAUCUUCGUGAGAUUGGAAAGUUGAUCAAAGGAACAGUUACGAAAAGUUGGCCCGGAAUUGAUUUUUUGGAAAAUGUUCUCUUGGUUCUUACUGUCCCCGCGGAAUAUUCCGAUAAAUCAAAAGCGACGUUGAGAGAAUGUGCAUUUGAUGCCAAUUUAAUUGGCAGCAAAUUUUCGGAAAAAUUGCAAUUUACUACUGAACCCGAAGCUGCAGCAGCUUAUUGCAUGGAAACCAUUUUGAAAGAACACGAUCUGGAUAUAAGUGGAACAAAAUUUAUGAUCGUCGAUUGUGGAGGUGGCACAGUAGAUUUAACAACACGACAAGUGGAAGGGAAACAACUGGGCGAAAUUACGGAAAGGGCGGGGGAUUAUUGUGGAAGCACUUUUAUAGAUAAUGAAUUUAUAGAAUACUUACGACGCGAACUUGGAAAUAAUGCUAUAGAAUUGUUAGAAAAAAAUCAUUAUGGACAAAUGCAAUAUAUGAUUCAGAAAUUUUGUUCAGAUGCAAAAUUACCAUUCACAGAUGAUCCAAAAUUUAAUUACACUUUAGAUCUUGAUGAAGUUUCACCCGCUUUAGCACAAUACGUAACAGGUGAUGUUAGAGAAUCUUUGGAAGAGGCAGCGUGGUUGAUUAAACUUGAUUAUGAAACUAUGAAAUCAAUGUUUGAUCCUGUUAUCGAUAGAAUUAUAGGUUUGAUUCGUGCACAACUUGAGAAUGCUCGUGAAAAAUGUUCAGCAAUGUUUUUAGUUGGAGGUUUUAGUGAAUCAAAAUAUUUACAAAAAAGGAUCAAGAAAGAAUUCCAAAAGGAUGUUGAUAGGAUUUCUGUUCCUUCAAAUCCGAUUGCUGCUAUUUCGCGUGGUGCAGCAAUCUAUGGGGUUAGUUUUAAUGAUAAUGCUGAAAAUUCUAAUAACACGGAUGAAAUAAGGUGCAUUAUAAGUUCUCGUGUGUUGAAAUUCACUUAUGGUAUUAAAACUAUAUCAUUAUGGAGGGAAGAUGAUCCCGAAGAAAAAAGAAUUCUUGAUGGACAUAUAUAUCGUUUUACUCCUGUUGCAAAACGUGGGACUACCCUUUCAGUUAAUGAAGAAGUUACUAUUGAUCAACUUACUCCUUUUUAUCCUUCCCAAAUGGAUGGUACUUUUGAAGUUUAUUAUACAAGAGAAUAUGACGGGAAUUUCUGUGAUGAACCUGGAAUGGAAUUGUUAGGGACACUCGAAAUUGACCUUCCAGAUCCGCAUCUUGGGUGUAAUAGAUUUGUUACUUUUGGAUUAAAAUUCGGCGGAAUGGAAAUUACUGCAACCGCAAAGAAUGAUUUAAAUGGUCAAAAUUUUCAAAUUUCUUUUGAUAUAGAAACCGAAAAUUAGUUUUUAUUUAUAUAAAUGUUUUUACUAAAAUAAAAUAAAUUAUGAGGAUAAAGAU